GCCGCUCAGUUGCGGCUGGGCCUUGGAGGCGUCAACGUCGUUGUCUCUCCUGUUUGCGGAGCCAUGGCUGUCCGGGCCCCUGCACAGCGAGGGGAUGCCAGCGCUGAGAGAUACCUGUUUGUGGACCGGAACCAGGUGGGCAACCCAGCCUCGCAGGCUGACUGGACAGCCAAGCGGCUAGUAUGGGUCCCUUCGGAGCGCCAUGGCUUUGAGGCAGCCGGGCUGCGUGAAGAGCGAGGCGAUGAAGUACUGGUGGAACUGGCCGAGAAUGGGCGUCAGGUGCUGGUCGCCAAGGACGACAUCCAGAAAAUGAAUCCCCCCAAGUUCACCAAGGUGGAGGACAUGGCGGAGCUGACCUGCCUCAAUGAAGCCUCAGUGCUGCAUAACCUUAAGGAUCGCUACUACUCGGGUCUCAUUUAUACAUAUUCAGGGCUUUUCUGCGUGGUCAUCAACCCUUACAAGAACCUGCCCAUCUAUACAGAACAGAUUGUGGAAAUGUACCGGGGCAAGAAACGUCACGAGAUGCCCCCUCAUAUCUAUGCCAUAUCUGAGGCAGCCUAUCGCAGCAUGCUCCAGGACCGAGAGGACCAGUCUAUCUUGUGCACGGGUGAGUCAGGUGCUGGCAAGACCGAGAACACUAAAAAAGUGAUCCAGUAUUUGGCGCAUGUGGCUUCAUCGCACAAAGCCCGCAAAGACCACAACGUACCGCCGGAGUACCUGAACGAAGCCAAACAGGGUGAAUUGGAGCGUCAGCUGCUACAAGCCAACCCUAUCCUGGAGGCCUUUGGCAAUGCAAAGACUGUAAAAAAUGACAACUCUUCACGAUUCGGUAAAUUUAUUCGGAUUAAUUUUGAUGUAGCUGGCUACAUUGUUGGAGCCAAUAUAGAGACAUAUCUCCUGGAGAAAUCACGAGCCAUUCGUCAAGCCAAGGAUGAGCGAACCUUCCACAUCUUCUACCAGCUCUUAGUGGGAGCUGGUGAGCAUAUGAAAGGAGAGCUGCUGCUGGAGCCAUUCAAUCAAUAUCGCUUUGUGUCCAAUGGGUACCUCCCCAUCCCUGGACAGCAGGACAAGGAGAUCUUCCAUGAGACCAUGGAGUCAAUGCGCAUCAUGGGCUUUUCCCAUGAGGAGAUACACUGCAUGUUACGGAUGGUCUCAGCUGUGCUGCAGUUUGGCAACAUUGUCUUCCGAAAAGAGAGGAACACAGAUCAGGCCUCCAUGCCUGAUAACACAGCUGCUCAAAAACUCUGCCACCUCCUGGGCAUGAAUGUUACUGAAUUCACACGUGCCAUACUUACCCCACGCAUAAAAGUUGGCCGAGACUACGUACAGAAGGCACAGACAAAGGAGCAGGCUGAUUUUGCUGUUGAAGCAUUGGCCAAAGCCACUUAUGAGCGGCUCUUCCGCUGGCUGGUGCAUCGGAUCAACAGGGCACUGGACCGUACUAAGCGUCAGGGGGCAUCCUUCAUUGGCAUUCUGGACAUUGCAGGCUUUGAAAUCUUUCAGCUGAAUUCCUUUGAACAGCUCUGUAUCAAUUACACCAAUGAAAAGCUCCAGCAGCUUUUCAAUCAUACCAUGUUUGUACUAGAGCAAGAAGAAUACCAACGAGAAGGCAUUGAAUGGAACUUCAUUGACUUUGGCCUGGACCUCCAGCCCUGCAUUGAUCUCAUUGAGAGACCGGCAAAUCCCCCAGGGGUGCUGGCCUUGUUAGAUGAGGAAUGUUGGUUCCCUAAAGCUACUGACAAAAGCUUUGUGGAAAAAGUUAUUCAGGAGCAGGGAACCCAUCCGAAAUUUCAGAAGCCCCGGCAGCUGCGGGACAAAGCUGACUUCUGCAUCAUCCAUUAUGCUGGCAGGGUGGACUACAAAGCAGAUGAGUGGCUCAUGAAGAACAUGGACCCUCUGAAUGACAAUGUGGCUACCCUUCUCCACCAGAGUGCCGACAAGUUCACAGCAGAACUUUGGAAAGAUGAGAUCCAGAAUAUACAGAAGGUUUAUUUCUUUGACAGCUAUGCCGUGGCACCUCAGGGUCCAGUAGAAAUGGACCGGAUUGUAGGUCUGGACCAAGUGAGCGGGAUGGGAGAUCUCGCCUUCGGCACCUCGUACAAGACAAAGAAAGGAAUGUUCCGGACUGUGGGGCAGCUUUAUAAAGAGUCUCUCUCUAAACUCAUGUCAACCCUGCGCAACACCAACCCCAAUUUUGUGCGCUGCAUUAUACCCAACCAUGAGAAAAGAGCUGGAAAACUGGAACCACAUCUCGUAUUGGACCAACUGCGCUGCAAUGGGGUCCUGGAAGGAAUCCGCAUUUGCCGCCAAGGGUUCCCCAACCGCAUCAUCUUUCAGGAAUUUCGUCAGAGGUAUGAGAUCCUGACACCAAACGCCAUUCCAACAGGGUUCAUGGAUGGAAAACAGGCCUGUGAACGUAUGAUCAAGGCCUUGGAACUGGACCCCAACCUCUACCGCAUUGGCCAGAGUAAGAUCUUCUUCCGGGCUGGUGUUUUGGCUCACCUGGAGGAGGAACGGGACCUGAAGAUUACAGAUAUUAUAGUGUCUUUCCAGGCAGCUGCCAGGGGAUACUUGGCCCGCAAGGCUUUCAUGAAAAAGCAGCAGCAAAUGAGUGCUUUGAAGGUCAUGCAGCGCAACUGUGCAGCUUACCUCAAGUUGCGCCACUGGCAGUGGUGGCGUCUGUUCACCAAGGUGAAGCCUCUGCUACAGGUGACACGCCAGGAUGAGGUAAUGCAAGCAAAGGCUCUGGAGCUGCAAAAGGUGCAAGAAAAACACACAAAAACCCAACUGGACCUCAAGGAACUAGAGAACAAAUACCAGCAGCUUUCAGAAGAGAAGGCCAUUCUGGCUGAGCAGCUGCAGGCUGAGACAGAGCUCUUUGCUGAAGCUGAGGAGAUGCGGGCACGGCUGGCAGCUCGGAAGCAAGAACUGGAGGAUAUUCUGCAUGAGCUGGAGUCCCGGGUGGAGGAAGAAGAAGAGCGAUGCCAGCAGCUGCAGGGGGACAAGAAGAAAAUGCAGCAGCACAUCCAGGACCUUGAAGAGCAGUUGGAAGAGGAGGAGGCUGCCCGGCAGAAGCUUCAGCUAGAGAAAGUGAGCACAGAAGCCAAGCUGAAAAAAAUGGAGGAGGACUUGCUGGUGCUUGAAGAUCAAAAUUCGAAGCUGCACAAAGAGAGGAAGCUGAUGGAGGAACGUCUCUCAGAGUUCACUUCGCACAUGGCAGAGGAGGAGGAGAAAGUGAAAAGCCUCUCCAAGCUGCGCAAUAAAUAUGAAGCAGUCAUCGCUGACAUGGAAGAUCGUCUAAAGAAGGAAGAAAAAGGGCGCCAGGAACUGGAGAAGUUGAAGCGCAAACUUGAUGGGGAGGCAGGUGACCUGCAGGAGCAGGUGGUAGAGCUGCAGCAACAGCUGGAGGAACUCCGCCAAGCACUGGCAAGGAAGGAGGCUGAACUGCAGGCAGCCCUGGCUAGAGUGGAAGACGAAUCAGCGCAGAAGAAUGCAGUGUUGAAGUCCCUGCGAGAGCUUCAAGCCCAGCUGGCUGAACUGCAGGAGGACUUGGAGUCUGAGAAGGUGGCCCGUGCCAAGGCCGAGAAGCAGCGGCGUGACCUGGGCGAGGAACUGGAGGCACUGAAGACAGAACUUGAGGACACCCUGGACUCAACGGCCACACAACAAGAGUUGCGGUCAAAGCGGGAGCAGGAAGUAACUGAGCUCAAGAAGACUAUUGAGGAUGAGGUCAAAUUACAUGAAGCGCAAGUGCUGGAGAUGCGUCAGCGCCAUACAAGUGCCCUGGAGGAGCUAUCAGAACAAUUGGAGCAGUCACGCCGGUUCAAGGGUAACUUGGAGAAAACCAAGCAAGCUCUAGAAGGGGAAAAUGCGGAGAUGCAAAAGGAGGUGAAACUUCUGCAAGCAGCCAAGCUAGAGUCAGAGCAGCGGCGCAAGAAACUGGAGGGCCAAGUCCAAGAGCUGCAGCUCCGAGCUGCUGAAAGUGAAAGAACCAAGACUGAGCUGGUUGAGAGGCUGGCGAAGCUGCAGAAUGAGCUCGAUGGAGUCUCUGGUACCCUGGGAAGUGCUGAGUCCAAGACCAUAAAGCUUGCCAAAGACCUCGCCAGUGUGGAAUCCCACCUGCAAGAUACUCAGGAACUUCUCCAAGAAGAGACACGGCAAAAGCUGAAUCUGAGCUCUCGGGUCCGGCAACUGGAAGAGGAAAAAGGAGCCCUGCUAGAGCAGCUGGAGGAAGAGGAGGCAGCCAAGGCCAACUUCACUCGCCAAAUGCAGAGCUUGCAGCAGCAGGUGAUGGAGACUAAGAAAAAGCUGGAGGAAGAUGCUGGAGUAGCUGAGUCGAUAGAGGAAGCUCGACGCCGGGCAGCCAAGGAGCUGGAGGCCCUCUCCUUGCGCUAUGAAGAACGGGUCCAGGCCUGCGACAAGCUGGAGAAAGGGCGAACCCGUCUGCAGCAGGAGCUGGACGAUGUCACUGUGGCCCUUGAUCAGCAACGCCAAGUGGUCUCAGCACUGGAGAAAAAACAGAAGAAAUUCGAUCAGAUGUUGGCUGAAGAGAAGCUGAUCUCUGCCCGCUAUGCUGAGGAAAGAGACCGAGCUGAAGCUGAUGCCCGUGAGAAAGAGACUAAGGUGCUUUCGCUGAGCCGUGCCCUGGAAGAAGCUCUAGAGGUACGGGAAGAGCUAGAAAGGCAAAACAAGCAGCUCCGAGCAGAGAUGGAUGACCUGGUCAGCUCCAAGGAUGAUGUUGGGAAGAAUGUACAUGAGCUGGAGCGCUCAAAGCGGGCCUUGGAACAGCAAGUGCAAGAGAUGCGAGCCCAACUGGAGGAACUAGAAGAUGAACUUCAGGCCACAGAGGAUGGGAAGCUGCGCUUGGAGGUCAACAUGCAGGCCCUGAAGGCACAGCAUGAGAGGGAGCUGCAGAGCCGCGAUGAUGCCAAUGAUGACAAGAAGAAACUGCUCAGCAAGCAGGUGCGGGAGUUGGAGGCUGAGUUGGAUGCUGAAAGGAAACAACGGACCCAAGCACUUGCUGCUCGAAAAAAGCUGGAGCUUGAUCUCCAAGAGGCAUUGGCACAGCUGGAUGCUGCUAACAAGGGACGGGACGAGGCAGGGAAACAGCUCCGCAAGUUGCAGGCCCAGAUGAAAGAGCUUUGGCGUGAAGUAGAAGAGGCCAGGGCAGCCCGGGAGGAAAUCUUCAUCCAGUCUCGUGAGAGUGAGAAGAAGUUGAAGAACCUAGAGGCAGAAUUGCUGCAGCUGCAGGAGGACUUGGCAGCAUCAGAACGAGCCAAGAGGCAGGCGCAACAAGAGCGGGAUGACCUGGCAGAUGAGCUGGCCAAUGGGAACAGUGGCAAGUCAGCUCUUUUGGAUGAGAAGCGUCACCUGGAAGCAAGAAUUGGUCAACUGGAAGAAGAGCUGGAUGAGGAGCAAAGCAACAUGGAGCUCAUGAAUGACCGGUACCGUAAGCUCAGCAUGCAGGUAGAGACGCUCACCACAGAGUUGGCAGCUGAGCGUAGCUUCUCACAGAAAACAGAGAAUGCCCGGCAGCAGCUUGAGCGCCAGAACAAAGACUUGAGGGCCAAGCUGGGUGAAAUGGACUCAUCUGUCAAAUCUAAAUACAAGAUGGCAAUCGCAACUCUGGAGUCCAAAGUGGCCCAGCUGGAAGAGCAGUUGGAGCAAGAGUCCAGGGAACGGAUCCUGUCAGGAAAACUUGUACGAAGGGCAGAGAAAAAACUCAAGGAGGUGAUCCUCCAGGUUGAUGAAGAGAGGAGGAAUGCAGACCAGUACAAAGAUCAGGUUGAAAAGGGCCACCUGCGGCUGAAACAGCUCAAACGGCAGCUGGAAGAAGCUGAGGAGGAAGCAUCACGGGCCAACGCUAGCCGCCGUCGCAUGCAGCGUGAGCUUGAGGAUGUCACCGAGUCAGCUGAGUCCAUGAACCGUGAGGUCACUAGCCUGCGAAAUCGCCUCAGCAAGUUAGAACGCCGGCAGCGGAAACGCACACCGCUGAGCUUCACCACCCGAACCGUGCGGCAGGUUUUCCGCCUUGACGGCGUCUCGGAUGAGGAGACCGAAGACCCGGAGAGUGACUCCCCAUCCACCAACCACCAGCCCUCACAGCCCCUGACGCCUUCCCAGGGGCCACAGCCAGCUCCCCCGGUUGAUGAGCCAGCCCAGACUGACUGAGGCUAAAACCUAGGUGGGUGGGUUGGAUCUUGGGGAAAAGGGGUGGAGGAAGAGGGGAAAGGGGGGCAACCUUAUACAUUAUCUGAUACUUUAUACAAAACAAUAAAAACACAUCAUCCCCCCAUCCCAUGGGCAACCUCAGCUCCUCUUUCAAAGGUCUCCCAGCUCUUUGAGGGCAACUCCUCCUUGUAUCAGCCUGCACUUUAAUAUCGACCACCCCUGAGGGGUGAAAAUUGAGAAGGAGGUAGGUUCUGUGGUGAGGUGGGGUUGGGAUUUUUACUAGAUUGAAGAAGUAAUUCCCAACUGAGAAAGCUAGCAUUGCUCUUGCAACUUCCCUCCGCCUUUCUUCUUUUCCCUCUUCCUUCCCAGCUCUAGUCUGAACGUCUUUAAAUAAGUAAAUAACUAAAAAAAUAUUGAAGACUGGGCAGCAAAGCAGUCAAUGGAUACAAGCUGGCUUGGGGCUUGUCUGGACCCAUCUAGCACUGCAGCUGCUUCAUGGGUACAAGUGGCGGUUUAAACUAGAUUAGAGCUCAUAAAAGGUUUUUUGGGGGGGAACUACAACCCAGAAAUAACUUUUAUGAGCUUGGCUUCCACUAUUCCCUUGCCUUGCCCUCAAAUAAAGAUACCUCCAGUUGGGGGUAGCCAUUUUUGUUUCUCCUUCCAUUGUGGCUCAUUUGCCCAGCUCUGAGAGGGAGCUGCAUCUGAGGUGCCUUCUGUUCUGCUCCAUCUCCUCAUGUCACUCUACCGCACCUCAGUUGCAAAGUCUCCUUUUUACCUCUCAUUCUCUGCUCCUCAAGGGGGCUGGAGAAGGUCCUCAAGUUCCUUCACAUGAAGAUUAUGUGGAAUUUUCUAUCAUCUCUGGAAGGCUGUUCUUUCCAGCAUACACACCUGAGCUUGCUGGAGCUAUUUGGAGCCUCCACCUGCCUCUUGCACCUGCCCAGACCUUGGGUAAAACAUGAGGAAUGAACUGGAAGCCAUUCAUCUCAGCCUGCCCUCUCCUGUUUUGGACUUGGACCUGGAUUCCACCAUCUCUGCAUAUCGUUGCCAGCAGCCAAAAGCACUUUGAUUUCUCUCUGUUAUCUCUGACCCACCCCUACCUCAUUCCCAAACCUGCUAUGGUGAUAAUUUAAAAACAACAACAGCAACCCUAUGAUGAAGAAGUUAGGAUUUGCAAACUGUAGAUUCAACAACAAAGUCAGGCCUGAUGGUAUAGCAUAUCUUAACCCGUUCCAUCUUAUCUGAUUGCACAUGUGUAGAAUUCUGUAUUGCAUCUCACACAGAAUUUGAGUUCUCUAAAAAUUAAGUUCGCAUUUUCUUUCCUUCCGAAAGGAAGGUAGCUUCUAGUCCUCUUAACAUAUAAAAUACAUUUGAAAAUAUCCAAGUUGUGUCUGCUGCAGCCUAUACUGUUUUGAAGCGGUGACUGCUGUUUUUCUGUAGCAGUAGCUACUCACCCCUCACAUUGUGGUCCUCUGCUUUUGCCCCUCUGUUACUUUUGUCUACUUAUCAAAAUGAAAGUGCAAGUGUCCUAGAAAAAAAAGGACCCACAUUAAAUCAAAAAAAUCAAAAUAGGCUUUGAAUAAGGUGGGCACUGGAGCAAACGUUGCAAAAUAAGUGAUUUACCUAGAAUCAGGACUUCUUUGAUGCAUAACUUGCCAUGCUGUGGCCUGAAUCCAGUUGCUAGUUUCAACCACAGUCAGACUCAUUGAAUCAAAAUUCUGAGCCACAAAUCAACACUUAGGCAAUUUACUUUGAUUCAGGGGGCCCACUCUAGUUGGAAUUUGCUGUCAGAGCCAGGCCUGUGAGGUUAGCAGAAUAUGGAGAGUCGUGCGAGACCUCAGCAGCUGCUUCUAGGCUCCCUUUGGGUUUUGUUUUUUGAAGCAUCAGGAGACAGUUUGGGGAGAGGGCUGUAACCCUCCUUAAUGGAGCUGGGGGAACCUCCCAAGUUUGACACAAGCAGGUUCCAGACAUUGUGCUUGCUACAUAUUCUGACCUGCGCACCUUCACCUGUCCAAGGAACAAUGCCUUUGCUUUGCUCAUUCUGGAGACUUAGCAUUGCUUCACAUGUGACUUUACUCCCCAGCACUUAGGUAACUAGCAUGUGUGGGAGACACAUAUACUAUCACAUUAAAAAUGACACAACUAUCUCUUGCUGCAGUUGCACAUCUUAGGAGGCUGCUGCUGCUGCUGCUUCCCCAAAGUAGCACUUGUCACCAGAUGAAACCGUGGCAGUUUGAGAGCCUAUAUUUAACCAGGGGCUGUGGAAUUCACCCCACCUCACUUUGGCAUUGAUCUUAAUUCCUCAAUAAUGGUGCCCACACUUUGGCGCAAGGCUGUAUGACAAUGAAAUGCCUUUGACCUGUGUGCCCAGAGUUUGAGAAUUUGCAGUCCAGUCCUAUGCAUGUUUACUGAGAAGCAAGAUUGUUGACGCUCAAAGCAGCUUCCUCCUGGAUAAGGACAGAUGGGAUUGCAGAUCUACUAAUAUCGAGCACUUACAUAGCACUUUAGUGUUUCAGAGUGUUUUAUAUUCAUUAUCUCAGUAUAAACUUUGGAUCUAAUCAGCCAUGUGCACCUUUUGUAAGCCAGCAGCAGGCGGGCAAGAAAAGCCCAUCCAAACCCUGCACUUAAAAGACUUCAGUGUGAAGAGUUUGCAAAUCCUAGCUUGGACUCCUAGUCAAAACACCCAGAAGUGUCUGCUCUUCUCAAUUCAGGAACUGGCUCGGGGUGGGCCUGCCUUCUCUAUCUAUAUAAAUAUGAUUAUUAUGUUUUGCAUGGUGGUUUCUUGUCUUAAUUUGUUUUUAUUCUGUCAUAUUAUUAUUAUUUGUAUUUGUUUCUAACAAAAGUAUUUUCUUCUGAACAAUUUGAUUUGUUUUUUUUCCUCAAACCCAGGGGGUUUGUAUUUUUUAAAAAACAAUUUAAAUCUGUCUCUUCUUCCUUCCUACCCACACCAACCUCCCCCCCCCCCCUUGCUGCUUGGAUCUGUUUGGAAAUUCUUAUCCUGAUGUAAAGGGCCAUAGCAAUUAUCCUGCUCCUUUUUUGUUAAAAAAAUAUAAAAUAAAGGAAAAAAAGAAUACUUUUUAAGAAAAAGUAUGUCUUCUAUUAAAAGGUCAUCUCAGAUUA